AUGAGCCACAGCCAGCACAAGCAGAAUUCACCUGCACCUUUAAAGGCAAAUGUUCAUGUAAGGAGCCACUCUCCCAAACUCUCAGUUCAUCAUGGAAUUGCCCCAUUUUCACAUCAUGGAGGAUAUCAUAAAGUCCACCACACAACUCAUAAUACCCACGGGGGAGCAAGUAAGCCAAUUCUUUUUACAAAACAUUCUUCAAUCACUCAUGGAUGUGGCUACGGAAAUGUACAUAGCGUUCAUAAUAAUGACACCCUCUAUAACAGCAUCGGGAGCCAUGGUGGAUGGAAGAAUGAUGGUUUCUUUAAUGUCAAUGAGAAGGAAACCAUGCAGCUCCUUAAUGACCGACUAGCAACCUACCUAGAGAAGGUCCGCUGUCUGGAACAAGAAAAUGCCCAAAUGGAGAAGAAGAUCUGUGAAUGGUAUGAUAAAAAUGCCCAUAUAUCAUUGCCAGACUUCCAACACUACUACAAGACUAUUGAAGAACUUCAAAGCAGGAUCUCCGCAGCAUCUCUGGACAAUGCAAGGGUAGUCUUACAGAUAGAUAAUGCAAGAUUGGCUGCUGAUGACUUCAAGAACAAAUAUGAGCUGGAAUUCAGGCUAAGAACUUUUGUGGAGACUGAUUUGAAAGGAUUGCGUAAAGUAAUAGAAGGGCUUAAUAUAGAGAGAACUGACUUAGAGGUUCAAUUGGAGUGCCUGCAGGAUGAAUUGUUGCAAAUGAAGAAGCAUCAGGAAGAGGAUGUGACAUGUCUGCGAAACCAACUGGGUGCCAGGAUCAGUGUUCAUGUAGACGCUGCACCAUCCGUCGACCUCACCAGGGUCCUGUCUGAACUACGAGAGCAGUAUGAAAAUCUGAUGGAUAGGAACCUGAAGGAAGUUGAGAGCAUUUUUAUUGCCAGGAGUGAGGACCUGAACAGGGAAGUGGCUUCUGGAUCAGAACAGCUGCAGUCAGUUCAGACCGAACUUAUUGACUUAAAACGAUGUUUGCAAACCCUUGAGAUUGAACUUCAAAGUCAGCUGAGCAUGAAAUCAGCCCUUGAGUGCACCUUGGCCGAGACAGAAGCAACUUUCGGCUCCCAACUUUAUCAGCUACAAAACCUGAUUGACAAUGUGGAAAAUCAACUCUCACAGAUUCGAUCAGAACUAGAGAGACAAAUUUAUGAGUACAAGAUUCUCAUGGAUCAAACAACCCAUCUGGAGAUGGAGAUCACCACAUAUAAGCGACUGCUGGAAGCACAAGAUGUUUAG